GCCCCAAGCUAAGUCCUGUCUUAGUUUGAGAAGGGCUCUGAACUCGAGACGGACUACCAGGCUCCCCUCAGGAUCUCUAACUAUAGCUGUGAGAGUCUCCAACUGCAGGUCUUGACUCCCAGAUACCCCUGAACCUUUCUGGGUCCUUGGGAGAGCCUACCUGUUGUCAUGGUGAUGGUGUCCCCUCUGUCUCUGUUGCUCCUCCUCAUCCUCCCUGAGUGGGCCUCAACAAACUCAACAGCCACCACUGACUCCCAGGUCCCGAAUACAAUGUCUACGCAAGCCUCUUCCUCAGAUCCGAGCUUCUCAACCUCUCACUUAGCCCUGGAAAUUACGUCCUUACCAACCUCAGAAUCAGGUAUGGUCCCCAUGUCCUCUCCAGCCCCGGAAGCCAGAGCUUUGACAUUCUUGUCAGCAGUGGCCAGGGAUAGCUAUGCUUCUACUACUGAGGUGGCAUCUGCCACCACUUGGGCUCCCCCAGCCUCUGGGCCGACCCAAGUGGAUAAGGAAAACCCCAGGAGCACCCAGGAACUGGCCACACAUACAUCCACUCUGGCUGCCAGUGUCUCAGAUGCAGUUGCCGUGGUAACAACUGCCUCCUCCAUACACCCUCCCUCGGAUACCCCCAUAAAGAAGGAGAAGGCUGACAUCGCAGACCAAGAGACCACCACCCUGGUCAUUAAAGAAACAGCCUACUCCAAGGUUAUUUCAGCCUACAUGACCACCUCCGCCGUGACGAGUUUCCAACUGCCGCAGACCACCUCCACGUCUUCCGUCUCACUGACAAAUGAGUCUCCUCCAAACAAAUUGAAACAGGAUGGAGAUAACACCCUGCUGGUAAUCCUGAUUGUGGUGGUCCUGGUGGCGACUCUCGUGGUAGUCCUGUUCUUGCUGUGGCGGCGGCGGCAAAAGAGAAGGACAGGGGCUCUGAUGCUUGUGGGGAGCGGGAAACAUAAAGGAGCUGGGGGUGCUUGGGCUGGACCAGUUCAGGUCACAGAGGAGCAGGCUGCAUCUGGGUCAGCAGCAGUGGAAGGAGGCACAGGGAACGUUGAAGGGGAGGGGACUGGCCGUAGGCCCACACUCACCACCUUCUUUGGCAAGAGGAAGUCUAGACAGGGUUCUGUGAUGCUGGAGGACCUGGAGGCUGGGACAGCCACCAACAACCUCAAAGAUGAAAGUGAACCCCUUGUGGAAAACGUGAAUGGAGUUGUAAAGCCCCCUGAAGCUGGUGGCUCAGGUGCUGAUGGGUCAGGAGCAGGAGAUGGGAACUUGCCCUCGGCCCCAGUGACCAACGUGUGAAGGGGCCAGGAUCAUCAAUCAGUAAACAAUCCUUUAUUAAAGUGUUCCAGGCCCAGUGCUAGGCACUGUGAUGCAAGUGUGAGAUAGAAUUCCCUCAAGGAAUUUAACUUCCCCAUUCUUUAUCAACUCUUUCAAUCAUCUUACCUGCUUUUUUUAUUUUGUCAUCAUUAUCUCCAUUCUCUCUACCUUCAUCUUCUCCAUGACCAUCAUUUUCAUCAUCUUUCUCUUCACCAUUACAGUCACUGAGUAUUGUCUGGGAAACACAGGGUGUCUCUAGUGAGAUCCAGAUGAAGUGAAAUUUCCGGACUGCCUGAUUUUUAAGAAAAAGAUAUUUUGACAAACUCAUGUCAUGGAUUUGCCCAAAAAGACUCCUCCAGGGUCUACCAUAAGAGCCAUCACCUGUGCUUCAGCUCAGGACGUUUGUUCCCACUGGAACACUGACAUAGCCCCUGCAUCUCUGACAGAACCUGCCCCCAUACCUUCUUGAUUCCCUGAUUCAUUGGCCUAGUUAAUGACCAGCCCAACUGCUAAUUUUUAUUCUAAUGAGGCUGACCCAGGACUGGCUCAAGCCAUACCUGAGGUAGCUUCAUAAACCAGCUUCCAGCCCAGCUCUCCACACAUUUCACAUUACUUGCUAACUUACUUGUUCCUCACAGACCUAAUUGUAUCUCUCAUCUCUGUGCCUUUGCACUGGCAGCCCUUCUGGGGUUGCCUGGAAUGCCUUACCUUCUCAACACACUUUUAGAAUCCAUCAUUUCAAUAAAACUUCCCACAUGGAGCUUUUUCUGAUCCCCAAAGCUGUUGGUGCCUCUUCAACUAGAGCCAAAUCACCUCGUGUUUGUAUACAGAUUUUGUAUUUGCCUGUGUCUCCGUUUUUUAGAAUGUAAGCUCAUUGAAGGCAGGGACUAUUUCAUUUUUGUCUGUGUAGUCUUGGCAUCUGGCCCUUAGUAGGGAUAGGGAUAGCAAUAGGAAUAGUGACCAGACCACUGAUUUCAUUGAUACAGAAACUCCUAGGGAGGCUCAUGCCUCUACAAAAGCACCUUCUCUGCAAUGUGUUGUCUUAGAGAUUUGCUAGAUGUUGAAUGACUUGCCUGAAUCACACACACACACACACACACGUGUCAUAGGUAGGAUUUAAACCCAAAUAUUCCUGGCUUUGAGAGCAGCUCGCUUUCUAACAUGCUGUGCUGUGCUGCCUCUCAGUAGUUCAUUUAGUCUAUUUUUAAUAAAUUCUUGUUAAUUGAUUGAUAUUUACAGGCACCAGAGCUCUAAAGAGGUCUUAGGCCUUGUUGAAUAUUCCCCAGGGGGCUUAGGGAUGUGGGAAUCCACAUCAUACUGUCCCUGGAAGGUCUGUACUGAAGAGUUUCUUCCCAAGAGCUCUGGGGGAUGGGGGUGGGGGUGGGGGUGGAGGGACAGGAUGAGCACCACGAAGAACCCUGGAAAGAUAGUGGAGAGGGAUGGUACAGAGAGAAUGUUGAUAAAGUUACUGGGAGGGAGGGAGAUCUGGAGUGCAGGGAAAUGGAGUAAGGAAUGAGGUGAGCAUUACCUCUCAUAGCUGUAGAGUGGGAGGAGAUGACAGAGGAAUGGAUGUCUCUUAUUUCUGGUCCAAUAAAGAAUACAAGAGUUUAUUUAAAAAGGUAAAA